GAAUAAUUUGAAUUACGUAAGAAACAUUGGCAUGCUCCAUUCUCUAGAGUAUAGCAUUCUAUCGCCACAAUCCAAUCGACUUUAGCCAGUACGUGCAUUCCGCGUCCGACUUUCGAUCCACCAUGUUGCGUUUGAGCUCGCUCCUGCCUGUCGCCUUUGCUCUGGUGUUGUCAUCCGUCUCCGCAGAGAUAGUCAACUUUCAGACUUGCGAAGAUAGUGUGGACUCCUGCACGAUUAGUCAGGUGCGGGUGACGCCCUGUCCGGAGGCGAAUGCCAAUGCCGCCUGCCACAUCCGCCGGAGGCACCGCUUCACCAUGAGCUUCGACUUCACGCCCCACUUCGAUGCGGACACCCUGGUAGCCAGCUUGGGCUGGGCCAAGAGCGAGAACGUGGAGCUGCCGCUGCUCACCAUGGACCAGGAGGCCUGCAAGUACACCACCUGCCCCGUGAGAUCCGGAGUCACCCAGACCUAUACGAACAACAUGCCCGCCGACGCCAGGUUCCCGCUGAGUCCCUACACCAUCCGUUGGGCUCUGAAGGAUCCGGUUUCCCAGAAGCGGUGCUGCUUCACCAUCGACAUCAAGGUGGUGCGCUAGAAAGAUGCUCUCCGUAAUGGAUGCUCCACUUAAUAUUUGGAUUAAUACAUUUUUUUUAAACAUAUCUUAAAUAUCUUCGAAAUUAAAGUGAUUUACAAGUGGGUCGAUA